AUGAAAGAAGGACUCUUCAGUGUUCAGUUGCUUAAAGUGGAUAUUGUUACACUUUCAGAUACAAGGGAAAAUAAAUAUGAUGAAGAUAUUUUCCCCUUAAAACGUAAUAUAGGGUAUCAUAGGGCACAGAACUGCUCUGAUAUGUCUGUCAUCCUGUAUAAUUUCCAGAAGUCUCAAGGAUCACUUAGAAAACUUCAGUAUCCACUAAUAGUAAGCAGAUAUAUCACUCUUCUGGCCGUCCUUGGGGGCAACAAGUCCCCCACUUCAAAGAACUUGAAGAAGAUUCUCAACCGUGUAGACAUUGAGACGGAUGAACGCCGCCUAAACAAGGUUAUUGGUGAACUGAACGGAAAAAAUAUAGAGGAUGUCAUCGCUCAGGGUAACAGCAAACUUGCCAGCAUGCCAGCUAGUGGAGCUGUAGCAGUCUCAGCUGGACCAGGUUCUGCUGCUCCUGCUGAGGAGAAGAAAGAACAGAAGGAGGAGUCUGAGAAAUCUGACGAUGACAUGGGAUUUGGACUACUUGACUAA